UUUUUGAAAUUUCGAAACUUUCCCGCGGUAUUUUUAUCGAAACAUCGAUUUUGCUGCGAUAUACAAAAUGGCGACACACUAGGAAUGACUUUGUGAUUUCUCGUGAUUGUCAAAAGUUGUUUCAUUAAAAUGGGACAAAACCAUUCGGGGCCUGGAGGAACUGGCGGCGAUAAGAAGGAUGAUAAAGAUAAAAAGAAGAAGUACGAGCCUCCAAUUCCUACGAGAGUUGGAAAAAAGAAGCGACGCACCAAGGGACCUGAUGCUGCUCUCAAGUUGCCUCAAGUCACUCCCCAUACUCGUUGUAGACUGAAGCUUUUAAAGCUGGAACGUAUUAAAGAUUAUCUCCUCAUGGAGGAGGAAUUCAUCAGAAAUCAAGAGCGUUUGAAACCCCAGGAAGAGAAGAACGAGGAGGAAAGAUCGAAGGUCGAUGAUCUUCGAGGAACGCCAAUGUCCGUUGGAACAUUGGAGGAAAUAAUUGACGAUAAUCAUGCCAUUGUUUCCACUUCCGUUGGCUCAGAGCACUACGUGUCAAUUCUUUCCUUCGUCGAUAAAGAUCAAUUGGAACCUGGAUGUUCCGUUCUUCUAAAUCAUAAAGUUCACGCGGUUGUUGGCGUUUUAGGUGACGAUACAGAUCCGAUGGUGACUGUCAUGAAACUUGAAAAAGCACCGCAGGAAACGUACGCUGAUAUUGGAGGUCUCGACACUCAGAUUCAGGAGAUUAAGGAGUCUGUUGAACUUCCAUUAACUCAUCCCGAGUAUUACGAAGAAAUGGGAAUAAAACCACCGAAAGGAGUCAUUCUUUAUGGACCGCCAGGAACGGGAAAAACACUUUUAGCAAAAGCCGUUGCGAAUCAAACGUCGGCGACAUUUUUGCGAGUCGUUGGAUCCGAGCUCAUCCAAAAAUACCUCGGCGAUGGUCCAAAACUCGUUAGAGAAUUGUUUAGGGUUGCUGAAGAGCAUGCACCUUCCAUUGUUUUCAUUGAUGAAAUCGACGCAGUGGGAACGAAACGUUACGACAGCAACAGUGGCGGUGAAAGAGAAAUUCAACGAACCAUGUUGGAACUUCUUAAUCAGCUUGACGGUUUCGACAGUCGAGGAGAUGUGAAAGUUGUCAUGGCGACAAAUAGAAUUGAAACUCUCGAUCCUGCUUUAAUUAGACCCGGUAGAAUCGAUAGAAAAAUCGAAUUCCCCUUGCCAGAUGAAAAAACAAAGAGAAGAAUCUUUAGUAUACACACAAGUAGAAUGACACUAGCUCCUGAUGUUAAUCUCGCCGAACUCAUUAUGGCGAAGGACGAUUUAUCAGGCGCUGAUAUUAAGGCAAUUUGUACUGAAGCUGGUCUAAUGGCGUUACGUGAACGUCGAAUGAAAGUGACAAGCGAUGAUUUCAAGAAAUCAAAAGAAAGUGUUCUAUAUCGGAAAAAAGAAGGUUCUCCCGAAGGAUUAUAUUUAUAGACUUGUUUCAUUCAAUUUUUUAUUUCCCUUUUUGCUGAACUUAACUCAAUAAUUAUAAAAAAAUAAAAAAUUGUACCGAAAUUAA